GAUUACGGGUGGUACAUAAUUUACCACAACCGUCGCAACGACAGUAUCAAAAAUGCAGACUCGUCGCUUAUCUUCGUCGGCCUCUCCGCGGCGGGAUUUCUCCGCCUCAGUGCACCCUCGUUCCUCGCCCACUCGCUCUCUGCAUCGCCAAGUCGCUCGUCUCGUGGCUGUCCUCUUUGCUCUUCUCCUCUUCGAGGGCUGGUGGCGCUCUGGGCCCUCGUACGUCGAGGAGCUCGAAAAUGAGCAUGAACUGGAGUUUUAUCCGCUUGAGUUGCUCCAGCACGUCGACGAGAUCGACGACAGCGAGCGUCUGCACCUCGCAAUGUUGCACGAAGGAUGCAUGAAGCACAGCGAGAGCGUUAUCACGUCGGACUUUGGUCGCAAUGGGGACAAGGACAGCCAAGUGGGGCGAUUCCAACGGGACGAUAGCAAUCUGAGGGAAAAGCUCGAGAAAUGCCCGGACGUGGAGGUUUUCCUACCUUCAUCGAUAAGAGGAGAUGGGUACUGUGAGGAUGCAAUGGGUUACGUCAAGUAUUUACAGGGUCGAGCGUUGCCUCGUUGGGUGUUGGACGUCGAGUUUCAAGACAAGAAGACGGGCAAGAAGUUGACGUACCACGAUCUGUGUCCUAAGACGCCGUUGAUCUUCAUGAACCACUUCUGGGAAGACGUACCCAACAGUCCGUUGUGGCCUGAGAGCAAACCGGUAUAUCUCAUGCCGAAUGUCGAAAUGUACGAGCUAGAAGCAGAACACUAUUGGCGAGUGGAUGUGGUACUCUGCAAGACGGCAAUCUGUGCGAGACGCGUGAGAAUGUGGUACCAGCAGGAAGGUAACCCAAGACGCACUAGAGUCAUCUACACGAGACACACGACGUCCGAUGCAGCGCUGUAUGCGAAGAGCCAACUCAGUGCCGGUACCAACGUGGCCAAGAACUUCUCCAACGUCCACUUUGUGCAUACAGCUGGAAAAAGGUUCGUCCUAUGGAUUGUCUGCCAAAUUCGGUGUUGUAGAUUGACUUUUGUGGUAUGUUGCAGUGUGUUUAAAGGGACGAACGCCGUGCUGGACUGUUGGUUGUCCCGUCCAGAUUUUCCGCCGUUAGAUGUCUUUGUUGACCAGGAUGUGUACAAUAACUUCAUGAGGAAGCUCUACGACGACCGGAUUAAGGCACAACCGGAGCCAAAAAAGAUCACGCUGCACACAGGCCGCGUACCUAGCAGUAUGUUCGGUAGAAUGAUGAUCGAGACGGCAUUCGUGCUCUGCACCAGCGUGUUGGAAGGAUACGGCCACUACAUUAACCAGGCGCGUGCCAGUGCGGCGCUGAUCGUGACGACAGACGCACCGCCGAUGAACGAGUUGCUGUCGCCCGAGUCGGCGGUUCUGGUGCCGCAUCCAAGUACCAUCGUAGAGAAGCAGUUGCUGGGCGGCAACUUCGACGGCGACCACGGUCUGCAGGGCGUCAAGGGAAUGGCGACGUACGUUAAAGGCGCCGAGAUCUGCGAUGCCGUCGAGCGGGUUCUCGAGAUGACACCGGACGAACGUCAAGCGAUGGGAGAGCGCGCGAGGAAGCAAUACGUGCUGGAUACCCAAUUCUUCGCAGCCAGGAUGAAGGAACUGCGCGCGCUAGCAAGAGCAGGAGACGUGUCGUGGUAUUCGCAAUAAACUCAAUGGAAAAACAAAUGAACUACAUGUACAGAUC